UUCGCCUCACCGCCUCCCACUCCGAUUGCCGCCUGUGUUGUUUAAAUGGGCCAAGUUGGAGAAGCGGCGGAGAAGGCGAAUCUUGUUUGGUCAGAGAGUCUGUGAACUCCAGUGUGUGUGACAUACAGGGAUCCCCUCAGCACACCAAAGCUAACGUUAGACCAAGCAACGGUUGCAGAAAGGGGCAGAUCUAGAACGCUGCCAGUAACAGUUACCAGAAUAUUAUCGCUAUUAUCCCCAGUAAUACUGAAGGGAGUCUGGCAGGUGAAUGAGGGAGGUUCCGUACCCUAAAAGUUGUCAGUGGUGCUCUGCAUGAGCAAAUAAGUAUCUGUGCAAAGAGGGUCAGAGCACGGCGUUAGAUUGGGUAAGAGAGGGGGUAGAAGGCAAAUAUAGGCAAGAAAAGCACACGAAGGAAAUGUGAGCUGGGGCACAGGGAGCCCCGGAGUGUAGCUCUCGCCAGUAGUGGGGGAGGUCGAUAAGGGGAUCAAUAAGCAUUUUCUAAAGCACCAUGAUGUCUCCGGUGGCUCAGCCCUCUCCAGCAGCAUGUCAUGUCUCAGUCGGACUGGGAGGCAGCGGCAGAUCGGCAGAGGAGGCGCAGUGCGAGGAGCUGUGAAACCCGAGAGUUGCUGGAAGGAGGCUGCGGGCGCUGGGAGCAGGAGCCCUGGAGCCCAGUGGUGCCGAGCGCUAACUGUAGCGCCAAGUGCAAGAUAGGCGCGCGGGGCCCCAGACAAAAACACUCAACUCCCCGGGUAAGGGCGCAGGCUGGGGAUACCAUGCCGGCUAUCAAGAAGGAGAGACCGGACCGAGAGGAACUAGCACUUGCAGCUUUUAAUCAGCCUAUGGACAGUAUCCCGAGUUACCUUGCAGCUGCCAUCCCGGUGGUAACCCCACACCAGCCGGCAUAUGAGCACCUUUUUGCACCCCGUGCCUACCUAGGUUUGCAUGAACCCCAUCACCCCCCACUGCCUGAUGACCUGAUGUUGGAGAGGUUUUCCUCUAUUCCCGACUUCCAACCUCUUUUUGACCAAGGAGAGCCUUGCAUUGAAGUGGAGUGUGGGGAGAAUAAGGCUCUGCUUUACAUCCAGAAGUUGUGCCAAGGGAGCAAAGGGCCAUCCAUCCGCUACCGGGGAGAGUGGCUCACCCCCAACGAGUUCCAGUUUGUGAGUGGCCGGGAGACUGCCAAAGACUGGAAGCGGAGUAUCAGGCACAAAGGGAAAAGUUUGAAGACCCUUAUGUCCAAAGGAAUCUUACAGGUACAUCCUCCAAUCUGUGAUUGCCCUGGGUGUCGAAUUUCGUCUCCAGUGAACCGGGGUCGACUUGCUGAGAAAAGAACCAUUCCUCUCCCUCCCAGUAGGAUCCCUAAAAAGGAGCCGUGUUCUGUGUUCUCCCCAGGGGAUGACAGCCCUAAAGGGAAUGGAGAACACCCAUCUGUGAAGCUGGAAGAAGAUUUGCAUAUAAGUAUCAUGAAAAGAAGGAUACGGGCGCACUGGGACUUAAACAUCUCCUUUCAAGAGACUUCUUGCAGCCGUGAGAACGAACUUUCCAGUAUCAUCUCUAAUAUUCAUCAGAGCCACCAACUCGUUAUGCCUGAAAAUCAGUCGAAGAGAAACAGCCACCAGCACAGUUUCUCAUCCUCAGAUGACUUUUUAGGUAAAAAGAGAGAAUGCUCUCCGAACAGUAAUAGCGAGUGCCCUCUGGAAAGCAAGAAAGCCAGAAGCGAGUCUCCAAAGGAAAACUCUCAGACUCCUCUGUUAGAGGAGCCGCUUGCUCAAAUGACCCCCGAAGAACACUAUAGACGCAUGAUGUCGGCAUUAAAUGAUCAUGGAAGCUUUGAGGAGCAGCAACAGCGCCUCUACCAGCUGGCAAACACUAUGGCAGUGCCCACCCAUAGUGAUCUACUCCGUGCCAGGCAAGAAGUGGCAGCUGCUGUGGUUAGAAAUCCAGGGGCCAUGGAAGCUCAUAUCCCUUCGUCUAGUAACUCCUCAAGCCAGAGACGGAAACAGGGCCUCCCUCAGCAUCGAGAUACCUCCCACUUCACAGAUAGGGAGAUAUCUCACCCACCUCCUUUACUGUCACCUCAAAAUGCCCCACACAUUGCUUUGGGACCCCAUUUGAGGCCGCCUUUCCUUGGCGUGCCGUCUGCGUUGUGUCAGAAUCCCGGGUACAGUUUUCUACAGCCGGCACAAGCAGAAAUGUUUGCGCGGCAGCAGGAAAUGCUGCGAAAACAGAAUCUAGCCAGACUUGAGAUGUCUGCAGAAAUCAUCCGUCAAAAGGAGUUUGAGAAUUUACACCGUCAGAGGUUGUUGGCUGGGGACCCAUUAACCCUUCAUCAAAGUUUGCCUCCUGAUCAUCCUGCACUCAGGAACAUUCACGAACUUCCUGAGGGUCAUCUAUUGCGAGAGGAAUUGUCACGUAGGAACGCAAUGUUGGUUCUACGACAUAACAACACCCCCCUGCUUUCUCUCAAUCACCAAGGUGUCCCCAGUGUGCCUCCUCCUAAAGAGUCUGCUAGUAGCAGACGAGUAAAUCGAAAAUCAGCACAUCAUCGGACUGAGCCACAGGGAACUCAUGGAGAGUCCAAGGAACUCUCAGACCAACGCAUGAGGGAAGGGGUAUCUGAGUGUAAUGAUGAGGAGAUGAAGGAUUCAGAAAGUGAGGCAGAGGAGAAGAUAGAUACUCUGAGAUCUGAGCGUGGUACCUCCUCCUCAUCUCAUGAACUCCAGGAGGGUAAAGACCCCCUUAAAGGAGGAGAUUCUACAAAGGAGUCAAGCGAUACCCACACCCACCAAAGUCUGCCAUGUGGUCCGUCAGAGUCCCCCACACACCUCUUGGGAUCAGGAAUCAGCAAAAGUGACGGAAAAUAUAUGCCCACCAGCACAGUGCCUCCUCCUCAACCACUUCCCUUUGGAUUCCCCUAUGCCGUCAAUCCUUAUUUCCACACAGGUGCCAUGGGGGGGCUCUUUCUGGAUGGGGAAGAGAGCGUGGUACUGGAAGAUCUCAGCAAGUGGACGGUGGAGGAUGUGUGCAGCUUUGUGGGCAGCUUAUCUGGUUGUGCCGAGUACCCACAGGUCUUCCGGGAACACAGUAUUGAUGGGGAGACAUUACCUCUGCUGACGGAAGAGCACUUAUUGAACAAUAUGGGACUGAAGCUGGGGCCAGCAUUGAAGAUCAGAGCGCAGGUCGCCAAGCGAAUUGGACGGGUACUUUACAUGGCCAGUUUCCCAGUGGCUUUCCCAUUGCAGCACCCAGCAUUGCGACCAUCAGAAAGGGACCUGGGCAACAGUGAGAUUCGACCAGCAUCCACGGGAAGUGCCGGUUCCCCCUUUACCAGCUCUCUGUUGGCCCCCAGCCGCAUCUCACCAAAACAUGAGAAUGGAAGCGCUGCAUACCUAACUGAACCUGCUAAAUCGCUCUCCUAACAUUUUUCUGUCACAUACAUGGAUUUUACAAUGGCUGCUUUGACGAAGAGGGUACAGUUUGCUUUGGCAGCAGCUAAUACCUUUUCAGCUGCUUGAGACUGAUAAUGACUCUUUCAUUGAGGUUUAUAAAUAAGAGGGGAGAGCCAACCGGUGCCCUAACAUCAAUAUAAAUAAAUCUGAAAGCCCAGUGGGCAAAAGAUAGAUAAAUAUAUGUAUGUAUAUAUUUUUAUUUCCAAUGAUAACUUUGUAAAGAGAUAAAAGUUAAAGAGGGAUUGUUGAAAGUCCAAACAAAAGGAUAUUCCAGCUAUGUAUGGAAAAUGUGCAGAACAGUAAAGGAGAAAGACGAGCAUAAGUGGCAAGGGGAAUGCUAGAGACAUAAUUACAUACAUUUGUGCAUUUGCUUACAUACAGCAAAGUACACCAAGGAAAUAUUUAUGCCCCUUCCAAAAUAGAAAUAGGAGUUCAGGUAGCAGAUUGUAUCACAUGACUGUGUUGGGGCUAAAGAUGAUUUUUAAGGAAGACCAGCUAAGGUUCUAUGUAAGCACAAGUAGCAUUUCUUGGUAAACGCUUAUACUGUGUGGCAUGUCCUCUUAUUCUGCUUAUGCUGUCUAUGCAUCUCCAGCAACCACCUAUUGUACCAAAGAAAAACUGCACUGCUUUAUCCUUCUGGCAGUCAGUUAAUUGCUGGACCUGGGAUACCUUAAGGUCUGUGCUGCUUAAGGUUUUUUUUUUAAACAGUCCCAUCAAACAUUUAUGUUCUAUCCCUGAUAUUAAUUUUCCAUAGUUACUCCAUGCACAGUCACAGGACUUUAAUGCACUUCUAGUGCACAUUGUACCUACUUUAAAUCUAUGGAGAAAUAAGAUGGGUGUGACAGGACUGAGUUCUUCAUCUGCUUUGGACAAUCCUUAAUCUAUUUGUGACUUUUGGGUUUACACAGUGAGAUUUACUCACAGAAGACAGCCUGAGAGCUGCGUGAGGUAACACUGGCCAUCAAGAACUGAUCUGGUGCUCUCAAAUGUCAACUGCUGUAAAUGGACAGAACAUCUGGAGAUUUAACAAGAAUUCUGUGCAACAGCUAGAUUUGGUACUUGCCCUUGUGUUUCUGGGGUUUGUUUUGUUUACAUGUUGCACGUCUCAUCUCACCUCUUACGCUGUUUAUGUUCAUUUACAUCGGGACAACAAAAGAAAACUAGAUAUGAGCGGUACAAAAUUAUCAAAUCUUUCUAUUGUUAAAAAUUUAAUUCUGCCCUUUACAGAUCACCAGGAAAUGCUGUACAGCAGCACGUUUCAAUAAAAAAGGCAAUCACAGUGA